UGUCAGUUCUGUCUGGUUGUCAAAUUGUGUAUCUGUCGAGUUGUAUUUUUUAUUAAUUCCUAUAUAAAAUUUGCAAAAUGAAUUCGCAACCCACAAAAGAAAACAUAGAAGCCGUAUUUCACAAGCUUAGAUCGAUAGCAUCUAAUAAAGUAUGUUUCGAUUGCAACGCCAAAAAUCCAACCUGGUCUAGCGUUACAUAUGGAGUUUUCAUUUGUAUCGAUUGCUCUGCUGUUCACAGAAGCCUUGGAGUGCAUUUAACGUUUGUAAGGUCAACCCAGCUGGACACGAACUGGACCUGGAUGCAGUUAAGGCAGAUGCAGUUAGGAGGAAACAGCAAUGCCUUGCAAUUCUUCAGCCAGCACAAUUGUAAUACUAAUGAUUCGCAGAAAAAAUACAAUUCAAGAGCGGCUCAACUGUACAGGGAGAAAUUGAGUCAGGCCGCGGCUCAGUCCCUCAAAACUCAUACAGAUUCGAUUUCCACGAACUACAGUGGAUUCUUCUUGAAGGAAAACCAAAAGUUGCAUGUCCAUCCGCAAACAAUGGAGAAACCUCAGGAACAGGAAACAGAUUUUUUUUCGGAACACGAGAGUUUUACCAGCCCGGAAGUGACACGCCAGUCGACAGUAGUUGUAUGUGGUUUGAGUUUUUUUUUUUUGAUGUUGUUACGUCGUCUUAGUGAUGGUGAUGGUACCUACUGAAGAUAUAAGGUCUUUGUCAUGUGAUCAAAUGUGAAAUUAGCCCAUUGAUUUGAUAUUGUUUUAGUUCUAUUGAAAAUUGCAUGUUAGUUUCACAGCAUAACAUCCUGACGAAAGUUUUUGUUAAGUGAUAGUAUGUGCUCCUCAAACUUAUCUUAUUAUUCCUCUAUUGUACUCAACAAUAGUUUGAAAGAAAGACAUUGAAUAUUAUCAAAUAAUAAUCAAUCACGUUCGAAUUCAAAGCUAAAGGAAUAUUAUCAAAAAGGCAAUUGAAGGAUAAAACUUUGGUUUUUGGGACAUCAAAAGCUAAUAAAUUUGCAUUACAUCAGUCUGAUAUUUUGGAGAUAUCAGAGCAGAAGGCAUUAUGUAGAUCUACCAGGCAAUAAUACAGUUCUUAAGAAGUUUAGAAGUUCAGUCAUUUCUUACUUGAGACAGUAACGCCACUAUUCGUUCAACUGCUGACUAAGUUGAAACUUGUUUU